UUUAUCUAGAAGUACGCAAAGACAUGAUAUUGUCAGUUUAAUUGUACAUCUUACACUUACGUGAAAUGUGCACUAAGUACGUGUAUGUGUGGAAAAAUUUCGUCAGUUUUGGUAUAUGUUGACUUCAUGUAGCUCUUUUUAUGUGUUGAGAAAAAGAAAUGACUGAAGAAAGUGAUCGAAAUCCAUCACCACCUAAGGAACUUCUUGAGAGCAGUGACGAUCUUGUUCCAGAUAAGAUUGGGGAAUCAGUGUUUAGCAAGCACUGGGUCUUUCAGUGUUUAAUACAUGUUAUUCAGGCUGUGGAAAAAGAGGAUGAAAAGCCAGAACCAAGUGGUGAGAAAGAACAAAAUGAGACAGAUAAUUCUGGUGAAGAAGAAGGAGAUAAGGCAGAAGUUCUUGAGCUAAAUAAAGAACUUGAAGAAGAGCUCUGCACCUUAUGGGAUAUGUCAGCAAAUAAUUGUUUGUAUGCUUCUGGGAAGCAUGGGCUCACUCAGGUGGCUGUUUCUGAAGCAUUACACUGCUGUUCAUUCCAUCAGUUUAUACCCAAGUUGUGCUGUGAACUUGUAACCAUUGUAUAG